AUGGCCGGUAGGGUCAAUAGAGGUCGCCAGAAAAUUAAAAUGAAGAAAAUAGAAAGCGAGAGUAAUUGCCAGGUUACUUUCUCUAAGAGAAAGUCUUGCAUUUUCAAAAAGUCGAGUGAGCUAAGCACGCUCACAGGUGCAGAGAUCGCCAUAAUCAUAAGUUCUCCCGGAAAUAAGACAUUCUCAUUCGGGCACCCUUCUGUGCAGGCCAUCGUUGACCGCUAUCUGUCUCCGGCCCCUGAACCCCCAGCUAGCACAGACAUCACUGAGAAGUUCUUGGAAAAUUUUCGCAUCAUGAAAUUGAACAGUCUCAACGCGGAGUGCACUGCCUUAAAUGAGGAGCUGUUGAACUGUAGACAGCAGGGAGAGGUGCUUAAAAGGAUUGCGAGGGCUGGCCAGGCUGACGAGUGGUAUGGGAGGUCCUUAGCCAGCAUGGACGAGGAACAACGAGACUCAUUUAAGAAAGACUUGAUUAAGCUACAUGGUAUUGUGGCUCAACGGUCUAAAGAAUGGCAUCAAAGGCAAAUUGAGCUGAUGCAACAGCACGCUGCAAUGGGGGCUGCUGGGGGAUUUAGGGAUUUUAUGUCACCGAGUGUCGCCCCUAUUAGGUCUUUUCAUGAGGGGAGUUCAUCGAGCCAGGGCGCGAUGCAUCCCGAUGCUGCUUCAUCUUCCUCCUCUUUCUGGCAGGCAAUUUGA